CAUUUGUCUGCGCUGUGAAAAUGUAUGCUAACAUGUUGCUUGGGUUUGCGUUCAAUAUGGCUGCAUGUAAAGUUUGUUUUGUUUUGUGUUCAUAUUUUGGAUUUGUUAUUUCCUGAUUCUUGAUUUCUUCACCAGAAACGACAAGAACGGUUUAGUGUCAUUCUUCUUUAUUUCACGCCAAUAUCAUACUGCUUAUCAAAACUUUGCUGUGAGUUGGGUCACAGGACCGCGGGGGCGGUAGUACCCGGCGUACAGAUGGUGGUGCAGGAACGCCAGCAUCUUCUUCCAGGAAUCUUCCUGAGCGUACGCGUGGGGCGCGCAUUGUCCUCCCCACACAGCGGAGCGUGACGGAGUGGAAGGAGCUGGCUUUGGUGUGCGGCGAGUACGGGGGCUCAAUCAGGUGACCGGCGUCGGGGUAGGACAGGAUGGUCAGCAGGUGGCUGUUCCCCGCCCGCUCCAUCAUCUCCUUCAUCUGGAAAAAGGAACAUUCUUAGUAUGUAUGCAUGAUGGCGUGGCGUGGGUGCCAGGAACGGAGUGGACUCACAUCUACAGCGGACUCUGAGGCGGGCCAGCUCUGAUCGUCCUCGCCCACCACCAGCAGCAGAGGACACUGCACACGUCCCACCUGCCGGGACAACACAUGGUGAUGGACACCAUGAACGACUCACUAGAGAAAAAGAUCCAGGAUACAGGUUUGGUUCUUGCGAUACCUGGUCAAGAUUCACCGCCACAGGAGGGCGCCGCUGGAGCAUUUCAGCCGAGAGAAGACAGGACGACCCCCGCCGGCCAGAGGUGGCCCGCGCUUUCAUCGGCACGUGGGUGGCGUGCUUUGGCGUCCACUGAUGCUGAGACUUUGGGGAUUCAAGCUACACCGCACUGCUGCCGACCACCGCAAAGCCAACGGCAUCGUCAAGAGGUUCCACCGAUGGAUAGGAUGCCGUGAGUUUGUGGGUCAUGCAUGGUCUGCGAUGUGAGGCCAUACCCCCCCCCCCCCCCCACCCCCAGGAAGACCUCCAGAGCUAGGUGAGAUGGGAUUCAAUGGAGGUUCUCACCUCCUUUACCAAAACCGUUUACCAUCUUCUAAUGAUGGUUUUUAACAUUAUUAGAGCCCACUACUCAUGAAAUAACACCCCUAUAGUCACUUUUACACUCCCAUUACCCAAUAUAGUAGACAAAAUAAGAAUUAAGAUAUAGAACACUUGUUUACAACCUUCUAAUUUUCUUCUAAAACCUUCUAAAAGUUUUUAACAUGAUUAGAGCCCUCUAGACAUGAAAUAACACCCCUAUAGUCACCUUUACACUCCUAUUACCCGACAUCGUAGACAUAAUAAGAAUUAAGACAUAGAACACUUGUUUACAACCUUCUAAUUAUGUUUUUAAGCUUGAUUAGAGCCUUCUGAGCAUGAAAUAACACCCCUAUAGUCACCUUUAUACUCCUAUUACUUGACAUUGUAGACAUAGAACACUUGUUUACAACCUUCUAAUUAUGUUUUUUAACAUGAUUAGAGCCCUCUAGACAUGAAAUAACACCCCUAUAGUCACCUUUACAUUCCUAUUACCCGACAUUAUAGACAUAAUAACAAUUAAGAUAUAGAACACUUGUUUACAACCUUCUAAUUAUGUUUUUUAAACACGAUUAGAGCCUUCUGGGCAUGAAAUAACACCCCUAUAGUCACCUUUACACUCCCAUUACCCAAUAUAGCAGACAUAAUAAGAAUUAAGACAUAGAACACUUGUUUUUACAACCUUCUAAUUAUGUUUUUUAACAUAAUUACAUCCCUCUAGACAUAUUUAGUGUAAAAAAUGACCCCCAACCAUGCAUACUUUGCUUUUAAUGACAAGAAGAUGACACAUGCAACAUGCCAAUCAAGGUGGAGAUAUGGUUGGAAAUCAUAUUGAUAAUACGCAUUCAGAGUAGAAAUUGGGAUUCGGAUCCUCCUGCUGACGCCUGCUUAGCAAUAAUACCCGAAGGAAUAAGCUCCCAGGUCACCGGAAGUAUCCGCAGGCGCAUCGUUUGGAAGCGACAACUGGGAGCGAUAGAGUCUGUGGCUCAGAGCGUCCACGGGAUUAUCCGACACCUGCAAUGGAUCACAGACAGCAUGUCAAUCAAAGAAUCAAAGAAGUAGCACGGCACAAAACAUGCUGAAUUGACCUCUUCAAACUUCUUGGCCUUGUACAUCUCGGCUCCCCGCAGGAAGUUGAGCAGGAUGAUGUCACACAGCACCGUGCCCUGCAUGGUUAGUUGUGCGGCGGUUCCAGACCUGAAAUUGUAUCCCGUGGAGACGGCGUUCUUCUGUGACAUGGCGUCCAGUCUGGUGAAGGAGUAGGACGGGUUACACUGAUCAUCGGAUUUGUCCAGGUCACACAUCCAGCCGAUCUUGAUCCCGAUCACCCCCCCCUACAUAAAAAGACAACAACUGAUGUUGACGUUUCUUCUUUCAUUCCUACAGGAAUUCAUGGUGUGAAACAAACGUCCACCUUGUCUGCCAGCUUGGUGAAGUUCUGGUGUGCGUAGCGGACCACAUCACCCACCCGGAAGAUGGGGCACGGACGUCGGGUGGUUGUGUACCUGAAUCUCACCUGCUGAUGGUAUCGAUUUCGGCGGGACACCAGCCUUUGAUUUCACACGUCUUGACUGUGCUGUUGAAAGCAACGCAUCUUCCCUGAGGAGUUGAGCGACGGCAAGCGGACAUGAUGAACAUCCCAGAAUACUACGCGGGGAAGAAUGUGCUGAUGACCGGGGCAACUGGCUUCAUGGGAAAGGUGAUGCUGGAGAAGCUGCUGAGGUCCUGCCCAGGAGUUCAUGCUGUCUACGUGAUGGUCCGCUCCAAGGCUGGCCAGGACCCCCAGGCCCGUGUUGCUGACAUGGUCAGCUGCAAGUUGUUUGACAGGUUGCGAGAUGAGCAGCCGUGCUUCGCCGAGAAGAUCGUGGCGGUGGAUAGCGACCUGACCAAGCCAGAGUUGGAUCUGAGCAAGGAGGAGCAGAGUUUGCUGGCCGAACGCAUCCACAUCGUCUUCCACUGUGCCGCCACCAUUCGCUUCAAUGAGCCGCUUAAAGACGCCAUGCAGCUGAACGUCUUGGCCACUCGGAAGAUGCUGGCUCUGGCCCAGAAGAUGAAGCACCUGGAGGUGUUCAUCCACGUUUCCACGGCGUACGCCAACUGUGAUCGGGAGCUCAUUGAGGAAACGGUGUAUCCUCCUCCUGUCGACUAUGUCAAGCUCAUUGACGCUCUGGACUGGAUGGACGACGAGCUGGUGUCCACUCUGACCCCCAAGCUGAUCGGGCGGCGUCCCAACACUUACACCUACACCAAAGCGCUGGCCGAGUACCUGGUCCAGCAGGAAGCCGGAGAACUCAACGUCGCCAUCGUCAGGCCGUCCAUCGUGGGGGCCAGCUGGAAAGAACCCUUCCCGGGUUGGAUCGACAACUUCAACGGACCCAGUGGAAUAUUCAUUGCUGCAGGAAAAGGGAUCCUCCGCACGAUGAGAGCGUCUAACGACGCCGUGGCUGAUCUGGUACCCGUAGAUGUCGUCAUCAACGCCACGCUGGCUGCCGCCUGGUACUCGGGAUCUCGGAGAAGUAACAGGCCCAAAUCCAUCCUGGUGUACAACUGCACUACCGGUGGCAUCAACCCCUUCCACUGGGGACAAGUCGAAUACCAUGUAAUAUCGACUUUCAAGAGGAACCCCCUCGAGCAGGCGUUCCGUCGCCCCAAUGUAAAUCUCACGUCCAAUCACCUGAUCAAUCAGUACUGGAUCGCUGUGAGCCACAAAGCUCCGGCCUUCCUGUACGACGUGUACCUCAGGCUGAUUGGACGGGAGCCCAGGAUGAUGAAGACCAUCGGCCGCCUCCAUAAAGCCAUGAUGGUGCUGGAAUAUUUCACCAGUCACUCGUGGCUGUGGAACACCGACAACGUCGCCAUGUUGAUGGCCCACAUGAGCCCCGAGGAUAAAAAGGUAUUUAACUUUGACGUCCGUCAGCUGCACUGGGCGGAGUACAUGGAAAGUUACUGCAUGGGUACUAAGAAGUACGUACUCAACGAGGAGCUCUCAGGGCUGCCCGCCGCACGAAAGCACCUCAACAAGCUGAGGAACAUCCGCUACACCUUCAACGGCAUCCUGCUGGUCCUCAUUUGGCGUAUCUUCAUCGCCCGCUCUCAGAUGGCACGGAACAUCUGGUACUUUGUGGUGAGCCUGUGCUUCAAGUUCCUGUCCUAUUUCCGAGCUUCCUCCACAAUGAGAUAGUGAAAAGCCGUGGAGAGUCGUUCGAGUCGUUCGUUCCGAGAUCCCAUUGGAACGCCCCAAGUGAGUGGAAACAUCCCAAUCGCUCGCUGAGGAGCGGGACGGCGGCUUGGAAUCCGACAUUUUUGUACAAUAAAGACGCUGUAGGUCAAUGCUAUGUAUGCUAAACGA